AUGAGCCAGGAAAUUCCCUCAAUAUCAGAGCAAAUUCCAAUUUUGAUCAACUUGAUUGUUGACGACAAGCGUAAAUCUGCAAAACGUUUUUUAAAACAAGUAAUGGAACUGACUGCUGUGGCGUUGUUCUUGUUUUCCUCUCUUCUUGUACCGCUAUACUGUGCUAUUUUGAGUGUUAUCGGCCUAUUUUCUCCACUUUUGCCAGUUGUUAUCCUUUACGGGUUCUUGCUUUUUCACGAUCAUAAAGCCACACUUAAAAGAUUUGGUGAGAAGAUAGGUCUACGCAAAUGGUAUGCAUGGCAACUGAUUGCUAAUUAUUUUCCAAUUAAAAUUAGAAAAACAGCUGAUCUGCCUGCAGACGAAAAUUACAUUAUUGGAUGCCAUCCUAACGGCUUGGGCUUUUUCGGUUCUUUUAUAUCUUUGUGUACGGACAACACUGACUUUACCAUAAGUUUUCCAGGAAUUCAUAGCACUUUGGCAGUAAAAAAUGAGUCGUUUUAUAUACCAUUUCAACGCGAGGAGCUUAUGGCUCUAGGGAUAAUUGGAAUGGACAAUGAAAGUAUUGAUCAGUAUCUGAAAGAAAAAGCUGGAAAAGCUGUGGGUAUAGUCGUUGACUACAAUGCUGACGUUUCACAGUUAGUUUCUUCUGAGCAUGGCUCGCAUUUAAAGGACAGAAGGGAUCUUAUACGACUAGCUUUUCGUCAUGGUGCACAUUUGGUUCCAAUGUAUUGCUCGAGUGACAGUAAGAAAUCUGAACAGAGCCACACUAAUUCUGAAAAUUGGCUAACGGAGACAUUAAAACUGGUAAAAAAUUUUGUUUCUUGGUUACCAUUUUUCGUCGACCCCAAUUCCUGGGAUGGUAUCUUUCCAGAAAGAAAACAGAUAAACUGUGUUUUUGGACCACCGAUAUCAGUGAGCAAAAACGACGAUCCUUCUCCAGAGCAAGUGGAAGAAAUUUAUAAACGGUAUUGCGAUGAAUUAAAGAAAUUGGUAGAUAUCUAG